AUGACCUGUUUGGAAGCAGUUCGAAGCAUAACGUCGUCAAUUGAGAUGACAUCGAAACCUGUACGCAACCGACUCGCACGGAAGACGAUCUUAAUGGCUGAGGAUGACGAAUAUUUCAUUACUUACUUGUACUACCCUGCCGUUUUAAUUGGAUGUCAUCAGAAAAACGGCAUGAGUGAAAUAUCGAAGAAACCACUUGAUAUGGCUGGAGAGUUGGCGGGACGACAAGCGAUCGUCGAAUCCAAAACACUAGCGAAUUGGACGUUAUCGUAUCCAGAUUACGAUACGUUGAGCCAUCCUUCAUCAUAA